AUGGCGCUGUCAAACAACUCUCUUUACCAUCGCCUGUUUGUAGAACUGGCCGAUCCCCGAACAAACGACUGGUUUCUAAUCACUAGUCCGGUACCGGGCUUGACGAUCAUCGGACUGUAUUUGUACUUCACUUUGAAAUGGGGCCCACGCUACAUGGCAGACAGGAAACCCUUCCAGCUACAGAUGACAUUAGUGGUGUACAAUUUCAUUCAAGUUUUGGUCAGCUGCUGGCUGUUCUAUGAGGGUCUCGACGCCGCUUGGCUUAGGUCUUAUAGUUGGAAAUGUCAACCGGUGGAUUUUUCAAGGUCACCGGAGGCUAUGAGGGUUGCGAGCGGGGUCUACAUUUACUUCCUGGCGAAAAUGUCCGAGCUUCUGGACACGAUAUUCUUCGUCAUACGUAAGAAGAAUAGGCAGAUUACAUUCUUGCAUAUGUAUCAUCAUACAGUUAUGCCAAUGAUAUCAUGGGGCGCGACCAAAUACUACCCAGGUGGCCACGGUACCCUGAUCGGAGUGAUUAACUCGUUCGUUCACAUCAUCAUGUACACUUAUUACAUGUUGUCCGCAAUGGGCCCCCAAUAUCAGAGAUUCCUGUUUUGGAAGCGUCAUAUCACCACAUUGCAAAUGUUGCAGUUCUGUAUAGCAUUUAUCCAUUCAUCGCAACUUUUGUUUUACGACUGUGGUUACCCUCGCUGGACUGUUGUGUUCACCCUGCCCAACUCUAUAUUCUUUUACUACCUAUUUUACGAUUUCUACUACAAGGCUUACGGUAAGCCGGAAGACAAGAAAUCAGUAAAAGUUGAAACGAGGAUUGGCAGCUGCAAUCAGGCACACACUAACGGAGUUGUAAAUGGUUACGUUACCGACAAGAAUUAUGGAGAAUUCCAGAGUAACGGUGUUCUUAUAAAUGACAAGAAUGAAAAAAAGAAUGCC